AGAUAACCAGAACAGCGAAGAUGAAGUUCUUCUUCAAAGGGACGCAGGGAAACAAGUCGGCCGGGAGAGGGCCGUGGAAAAUGUCGGCCUACGCCACUAACUCGUCCAGGGAGGUGUUCGGCGCAUCGGAGGUGACGGGGCUUCUGAGUGACGCCGACGCCAGACAAGGUGGUACCGUGGAAUUCGUCUCUAAGACCGUAGUCCUGGAGGAAAUGAGUGGAUGUCCCGGCGACAGAACGUUUGCUUGCUAUCUACUGUCCAAAGGGAACGGUUAUCCCGUGUCAAGCGCUUGCUUUCAUGUGCAACUACCUUGCCCAGGUUCUAUACUCAAGACAUUCUGAGGAUAUGCCGGGAGUCCUGCAUCAAACAGAAUGAAACUGGAAUCAAGGCAAUGGCAGUUAACGACUUUUAGUAACAGCUUAAA